UAGUUCAAUAUGGCCGACAGUUGCGAAUGGAGAUAUUCGCGGUUGAUUUUACCGAAAUUUCUGUGUAAUUGAGUAUUUUGUUAUUAGAUUACAUUGCCUUACUGUAUAAUGUAAGUCAAUGUAUCUAUUGAAACCUUUCCUGUAUCCUGAAGAUGCCAGUUAACCCUGUGUCUGCUAAGAAAAAAGGAGUCGAAAAACCUAAAUUUUCGUUGUCCCUCAAUAGAAAUAAUGCGACAUAUUUGAUCAACGGAAACACCAAACUAGCGGACUCUAAGGAAAAUUCUCAGCUUUGUAAACUAACUAAGGAUAAUAAAGAAAAUAAACCCUUGAAGCGGCCGUUUGCUAGCACGUACUUCAAUACUUUACACGCCGCGAAGAAGUUAAAGCCUUUAACUGAGACACCAAAACUAACAGAAAAGUUAUUUGAGCCGGAAGUGCUAAUAGUGGAGGAGCCGGCAAGCCAAGCCAGCACUGCGAUGUUGAAUGGCCACCACACCUCCGACAGUCAGUAUGGGGGCCCGCCACGCAAGACUCCUAUUGCCACACUCUCCAACCUUGGCAACACUUGCUUCCUCAACAGUGUGCUCUAUACUUUACGGUACGCACCCCGGUUUCUACACAACCUCCACCACCUAGUGUCAGAUCUGGCCAGCGUGGAACAGAAGCUGGGCAGCAUACGUCUUAAGAGCUCGUCUCUGGGACGCAGCGCCGCGGGGCUAGCGGCGUCCGGGGCAAGAUCGUGGAGUAGCAAGGACCUGCUGUCUCUCGGCCAGUCCGACAAUAGCAGCGGGAAGAGUAAAAUUCAGAUAGCGACAGAGAAGCUCCACGAGACAUACUUGAACCUGCGGUGCGCGGAGAGCAAGUGCCUCAACAGCUCGGCCGAGAGCAGCCCGGAGCCGUAUGCCGCCGACGCCUUCCUAGCCGCGCUCAGGGACGUCAACUCCACAUUCGAAGGCAAUAGACAGCAGGACGCGCACGAGCUGCUAGUAUGUAUCCUGGACAACAUCCGCGAGACUUGCCGCGCGCUCAGCAACCGCGCCUCGAGACUGCAGCUGCAGGAGAACGGAGACAGCAACGGCAUCGGCCGGCAGCCGUCACUGGACGGCGACGGCGGGAAACCAUCUCUAGGCAACUUGCGCAAGUCGUGGAAGAAGCGUAAGGAGGUGAAAGACAAACGGGGCUCGCCCACUGAGGAGCGCGCGCCCUCUCCUGCGCCCGCCGACGAGAGGUCCAGGCCGGGCUGGGACUUCGUAGCUGAUGACUUUGAAGGCACGAUGGUGGUCCGCACGAUGUGUCUGGAGUGCGAGGGCGUGACGGAGAAGGCGCAAGCGGUGUGCGAGCUGUGCGUGCCGGUGGGAGACGACGACGCCACCCCGGACGAGCCCUUCCGGGCCGCCUGCCUGUCCGCGGAGUACCUGCGUGAUCAGAACAAGUACUGGUGCGAGCGGUGCCUGCGGUACAACGAGGCGCGGCGCAGCGUAGCGUACUCGCGGCUGCCGCGGCUGCUGGUGCUGCAGCUCAAGCGGUUCAGCGGCGGCAUGGAGAAGAUCACGCGCCACGCGCCCACGCCGCUGCUCAUGCCCUGCUUCUGCGAGCCCUGCGCCCGCCGCGCGCCCGACCACGCGCCGCAGCACAGAUACAUCCUAUGGGCAGUAAUAAUGCACCUAGGUCAAACCCUGUCGGGCGGGCACUACGUGGCGUACGCCCGCGCGGCCGCCGAGCCUGCGGACGGGCGCUGCGAGCGCGAGGGCGGCGGGGACGCCGCGCCGCCGCACUCCGGCACCAGCUUCAUGCGCACGCUGUUCAACCGCCCGCGGCCCGCGCCCACAGGGUGCUCGGCGCGCGAGUGCUGCGUGCCCCGGCCGCGCGCCGCGGCGGGCUGGCUGGCGUGCGACGACGACCUCGUCAAGCCCAUCUCCAACGAGGACUUCGAGGACCUGCUCUCCGCGGAGCCCAAGGUGCGCUCCGCCGCCACGCCCUACCUGCUCUUCUACGUCAAGAGCGAGGUCGGCUAGUGCCCGCCGACGACGCAGCCAGAUAUGUGGGGGUCGGUCUUGAGGGUCCUGUCAGGUGGGUAGCGGGCGAGCGUUCCGCGUUGUGCUGUUGUUGAAAGCAAUGUAAUGUAAUACAGCUCAGAACGCGGAAAGCUGGUUAAUACGGACCCUAAUACAAAGGCAACGUGUGUCUGAUAGGGUAAGGCCAACGCCACGUCCCCUCUGGAGGGUUUUGUUGGCCCUGUUGCCCCCGGGUCCCCGUGCCGCCCCUCCCACCUCACCCCCGCACGUUCAAGCCUGAACAAAUAGUCAUUUAGUGUACGGUGCGAGCUCGAUGCCGCCUUCAGUAUACCACAACCGGCAG